AGGCUAUACGGGGCAUCUUUGUGUUUGUGUCCCCCGAUCAGACCCGCUUUGCACGGGGAUUAGCGGGACAAUUCUGCUGAUUGGGCCUCUUAAUCCAUCCCCUGGGUCGCGUGUAGAGAGCACGCACGGUUUCCUGGACGAGCACUCAUCCACCACGCACUGGUAGUCUACCACUCAAUAAUCAUCAUCCACCACCACCAAUAACAACAGUAACCACCUUACUCAUCCACCCAUUCUAUUGUCCACCAUCCUGGGACAUUCACCCACCUCUGGGCUCAGCAUCCACCACUGACUCAUCAUCCUGUGCCAUCCCUUAGUUCACCCAUCAUUCAAUCCAUUCUUCCACUGAUCCAGCUUACCGCCAUCAUCAUCAUCACCAGCAUCAAUCAAUCAUCCGCUCCACCCCAUACAGCCAUUCCUUAAUCCACAGCUACAUCGUUCCAUCACUCCUUCCACCCAUUCACACCUCCAUACGACAUCAUCAGCAACAUCAUCAUCAGCAACAUCAUCAGCAACAUCAUCAUCGUCGUCGACCUCAACUGGACUGCUCGCCGUGGUGCGGGCAGGAUGGUGGUGGUGGUGGUGAUGGGGGACGCGGUCAACAGAGACUCCGAGCUGCACCGCUGGAUUUGAGGAUUUGGCGAAGCACGGUCACGCCGCCGUGACGACACUUGGCUGGGAGCUGAGCCUCGCGCAUCACGUGACGGUGGUGGUGAACUGCAGCCCAAUCAGCAGCUACCGCGCGAUGUUCCCACGUGACCCUAACAUCUUGGCGUCAUCGACGCCGACUGGCAGAGCGGAGACGGUGGCCACUUUCAAUAAUGCGCGACGGGAAAUUACAACCAAUGGUGGCGUCAAGGACAACAUCAAAAGCAAUAGCAACAGCCUUAACGACGUCUACUGCAACAACGACAACAACAAUAUUGACAUUAACAUCGUCGAACAGGACGGCAGGAGCAACAGUAAUAUCCGCGAUGACGUCAUGAAGAAACGCGAUGGCGUCAUAAGGCAUAUCAAUGGGGCCGCGACAACGAGGGGAGGGGCCGGGCACGGCGUGACCGCGCCACAUCACGUGAAUUGCCUGGCCAAUCACCCGCGGUGGCGGGACACGGCGGUGGCGCGCCACUUGUGGUUGUUGCAUGCGGCGCUGGUCACGUGGGAGCUCGCAUCGCUGUGGCAACGGCCGGGACACGACGCUGCGUGGUUAUCGAGGACCGAUGCUCACGCGCAGGAUGAGUCGUUGAGAACCGGAUGGAUGGAUGAGGAGAGGAGGCGAAAGAUGGGGAAAGUGAUGACGACGACAACGACGAUACUGAUCAUGGUGACAAUGAUGAUGAUGAGGGACGGGCCAUCUUCGAUAAUGACGUUGACGCCAAUGAUUAUGCCGACGCCAAAGGCAGUGAUGAUCAUUGUGGUGGUGGUGGUGACGACGUUGAUGACAAUUGCGAUGAGGUGGCAGAGGACGAGGAAGAACAGGGAGAUGAUGCAGGAGAGUCCAAUUGAUGAGAGGCCACAAGAGGCAUCGUUGAUGAUACGGGCACCACUGCACCUGCGGCAGUUGCAGCCUUGGAGACUAUUGCAUCAGUCACUACCCAGGCAGCUGCAUCAGUCACUACCCAGACAGCGGCAUCAGUCACUACCCAGGCAGCUGCAUCAGUCACUACCCAGACAGCCGCAUCAGUCACUACCCAGGCAGCUGCAUCAGUCACUACCCAGACAGCCGCAUCAGUCAUUUCCCAGACAGCCGCAUCAGUCACUACCCAGACAGCCGCAUCAGUCACUACCCAGGCAGCUGCAUCAGUCACUACCCAGACAGCCGCAUCAGUCACUAUCCAGACAGCCGCAUCAGUCACUACCCAGACAGCCGCAUCAGUCACUACCCAGACAGCAGCAUCAGUCACUACCCAGACAGCCGCAUCAGUCACCACGUCCCUCGCUGCUCCUACCGCUGCUGCUGCUGCUGCCGCCGCUGCUGCUGCUGCUGUGGCUGCCGCGUCCCGGGCUGGGCGCCACCUUCACGGUCGGCGUGGCGGGGCCCUGGCAGUGUGGCGACGCCGCCGUCUUCGGCCGCGCCUACCCCGAGCUGGCGGGGCGCCUCGCCACCGAGCGCGCCAAUUCGGAGCUCUCGGUGCCGGGGCCCGGCCGCGAGCCGCUCGGCUACUGGUUGGAGGCCACGAUGCUCAGGGAGGAGUGCGAGGUCCCCCGCGCGCUGCAGGUAGGGCCCUCCAAACGGAGCCCACACGACUACACCGUGGGACGGCUGAGCCCAGCACAGAGAGAAAGCGCGAGCGAGCCGGAGCAGGCCAGGCGGUUGUGCGAGGUCCGGACAUUUUUUAAAUUAUAUUUUAAAGAUUCUAGUUCUGAUACGAGACGCUGCCGUCGUCCGCAGGGAAUGGCCACGUGGGAGCGUCGCUGUUCGGCGGUGGUGGGGCCCUUCAAUGCGGAGCUGUGCGAGGUGGCCGCGAUGCUGACCCAGCGCUGGGACAAGGCGUUGGUGGGGCCAGCCUGCCUCAGCCGCAGGCUCACGCGGCCGCAUCGUGGAGGGGGGGCCGACAACAACGACGAAAAAGAGCAGGACGAUCUCUCCACACACUUUGCCAACAUCGCGCCGUCUCCGGCCGACGCGCUCUUCGCCGUGCUGCGCCACCUGCGCUGGGCGCGCAUCGCCGUGGUCACCGUGGAGGCGAGCGAGCAGGGCUCGGCGUUGUGGCGCGGCGCGGCGCGCGAGUUGGUGCGCGCCGUGCGGGCGCGGGGGCUUCCCGUGCUGGAGCUGCCGCCCGUGUCCACGCCUCGCGACGGUCACGGCGGCGGCGGCGGCGGCGGCGGCGGCCACGACCGCGCCCUCUCCAUGGCGUCGCGCUUCGGCGCUCGCGCCGUGGUGACCUGCAUGCCGUCCGCGCUGAUGGGCGGGCGCCCGCACGCCGCUCUCCUGCGGAGCGCCGCGCGUCUCGGUCUGGCCUCGGAUCUUGCCUUCAUCCCCUACGACGCCAUGCUCUACGCGCUGCCCUGGGGACAGCCCGGAGAGGCGGACUCAGGCCCAGUGCCCGCUCUGGUCGAUGACCCGGCGCUGCGUCGCGCAUAUGCCGGGGUCGUGACCGUGACCCGCGCCUUGACCCCUGACCUCCGUGACGCGGCGCAACUCCAGCCCAAGCAGGCCUCGCCGCUCUUCGGCACCGUCUACGCCUCGGUGCUGCAGGUGGCGCGCGGCCUCGCCAGGACGCGCGCGCACCGCGGGUGGAUCUCUGGCGCCAACGUGGCGCUCAACUCCCGCCACGAGCACGGCAGCGCCGCGGCCGCCGGCAACGCCAGCUACGUGGUGCUGGUGGCCGACGGCCGCUCGCCAGACCUGCGCGCGGCCCUGGCCGUGCUCCCCUGGGCCCACGGGGCCGGCCGCCAGCGGCGCCUGGCGGUGGCGCGCGCCCCGGGAGGCGCCGCCCUCGCCGUGUCGCCCGGCACCGACCCCUACUGCUGGUUCGACGACGACGAGUUGGGCUGCUCCGGGCAUCUCAUUACGAUCGCUGUGACCGUGAUUGCUCUGCGUGCUGCAGGAAUGGAUCUGCCGUACCUGCUGUCGGUAUUGUUGAUCAUCACGGGCUGCCUCAGCGGAAUUACUGGACUCGCUGUGCUCCUCAGGCGGCGGCUGCAGCAGCAGUUGGACCAAAGCCACAACAAACUGAUCCUCACCCUGGAGCACCUCGUCUUCAUCCUGCCCCAGCUCAGCCGCAAGUUUGUGGACGAGAGCCGCAUGAGCCAGGUGAACCGCAGCAUGUCGGAGGUGAACAGCGUCAGCCACGCCGCACGCAACUCCGUGUCGGGGCGCAGCCUCCACACGGCGUCGCCGGAGACGACCAACAUCGCCGUCUACGAGGGCGACUGGGUUUGGCUCAAGCGGCUCCCGAGCGGCAUCUUCGGCGACUUCAAGCCCCGCGUGCGCUCCACGUUCCGCAAGCUGCGAGAGAUGCGUCACGAGAACGUGAACCCGUUCAUCGGCGUGUUCGUCGACUGCGGCGUCUGCGCCAUCGUGACGGAGCACGGGGCCCGCGGCAGCCUCGAGGACCUGCUGCAGAACCAGGACACCAAACUCGACUGGAUGUUCAAGUCCUCGCUCAUGACCGACCUCAUCAAGGGCAUGAAGUACCUGCACCAUCACGAGCUGGUGCACGGGCGGCUCAAGUCGCGCAACUGCGUGGUGGACGGCCGCUUCGUGCUCAAGGUCACCGACCAGAGCUACUGCGAGCUCAGCCAGUUGCUGCAGGUCACCGCGGAGGAGCCUACGCCCGACGAGCUGCUGUGGACGGCCCCGGAGCUGCUGCGUGACGCCGUGGCAGCGCGGCGCGGCACCUUCAAAGGGGACAUCUUUAGCUUCGCCAUCAUCGUGCAGGAGGUGAUCACGCGCAGCACCCCCUACUGCAUGCUGGAGCUGUCCACGGAAGAGAUCAUCCUCAAGGUGAAGCGGCCGCCCCCGCUGUGCCGCCCGAACGUGUCGGCCGACCACGCGCCGCUCGAGUGCAUCCAGAUGAUGAAGGCCUGCUGGCAGGAGAUGCCCGAGCGCAGGCCAACGUUCAACGAGGUCUUCGACCAGUUCAAGAACAUCAACAAGGGCCGCAAGACGAACAUCAUCGACUCGAUGCUGCGGAUGCUGGAGCAGUACUCGAGCAACCUGGAGGACCUCAUCCGCGAGCGCACCGAGGAGCUCGAGGUGGAGAAGCAGAAGACGGACAAGCUGCUCACGCAGAUGCUGCCCCCCUCCGUGGCGGAGUCCCUGAAGAAGGGGACGCCCGUGGAGCCGGAGCACUUCGACGAGGUGACCAUCUACUUCAGCGACAUCGUCGGCUUCACCACCAUCUCGGCAAUGAGCGAGCCCAUCGAGGUGGUGGACCUCCUCAACGACCUCUACACCCUCUUCGACGCCAUCAUCGGCUCCCACGACGUCUACAAGGUGGAGACGAUUGGCGAUGCGUACAUGGUGGCGUCUGGGCUGCCCGCACGCAACGGGAACCGCCACGCGGCCGAGAUCUCCAACAUGUCGCUCGACAUCCUCAGCGCCGUCGGCUCCUUCAAGAUGCGUCACAUGCCGGACGUGCCGGUGCGCAUCCGCAUCGGCCUGCACUCCGGCUCGUGUGUGGCCGGGGUGGUGGGACUGACCAUGCCACGGUACUGCCUGUUCGGCGACACGGUCAACACCGCGUCGCGCAUGGAGUCAACCGGACUGCCCUACAGAAUACACAUCAACAUCUCAGUCAAGAACAUCCUGGACUCUCUGCGCGAGGGCUACCUCUUUGAGAGCAGAGGCCAGACCGAGCUGAAGGGCAAGGGCGUGGAGGAGACGUUCUGGCUCGUGGGCAAGGACGGCUUCACGAAGCCACUUCCCCGCCCGCCGGAGGUGCAGGCCGGGCAGGAGCACGGGCUGCAGCUCAACGAGAUCGACCAGUCCCGCCGGGCGAAGGCAGAGAAGCUCCUGCAGAAGAAGAAGUGAAACACACUCAGCGCUUUGUGGCAAACACGCGCACGUGCACACACAUGGCUCGACACAUCGUGGACCUAUACGCACAUGCAUACCUAUGUGUACAUGUAUACCGACAUAUAUGUGUACAUGUAUGCCUACAUGCACACAUACAGUAUACAUACAUAGCCAUACAUACAUGCACCCAAACAUGAAGAGAAAAUCCUACCGAAUUGUCUUUACAGACUGUUGGGGCAAGUGCUGUUAGCGAGCACCUAUGAAGGCCGGCACGGCACACGAGGGGGUGGGUGG